UUCGGUUAGCAUUAACCCUCCAUGGGAAACUGCGGGGGUUCAGCUUCUGUCCUCAGAACAACAGAGAUGUAACUUCAGGUGGAUUUCUUAAGGAGUUUAUGCUAUACCAAAGAAACAAGAAGCACUGGCUUGACAGACAUCAGCUUUUCCCCUCACGCCGAAGCAGUGCUGUCCAGAGCAGGAGUCACUCUCCGUCUGGAGGGAGUUUCCACGUGUGCGCAUGUGCUUUUGUAUAACCAAGGACAGAAUGGCGACUGUGCAGACAUCAAGGCCAUAAGAGGCCUAACUGCCUUGAUCCAGGAUGGGAAACUCUGAGAGCCAGUAUAGCAUCCAGGGCUCUAGAAACAAUAGCUUCAUCAUCCCUGGCAGACAGAAACCCUACUCAUUCAAGGUGCACUCUGCCAAAGAAGACGCUGUAUCACCUCUUGGCUUUUGGAGUGCUGGUUCAGGAAUUUCUGCAUUGAAGUCCAGAAAUGUAGAUUGUGGUUCCUCCCCGUCGAAGAGCAGCCACACCUUUAUGUCCCGCCAUUAUGAUUACAUCACACAUAAACUAAAGAGUGGUGCAAAUAGUCAGUGGAAUGGGGUUUCAGAGGACUUGUUGCCUGAUGGCUGCUUGACAUUGCCUUCUAAAAAUGGCUGCUUGAAUGGCGGUCACAAGGAGAAGACAAAACCCGGUAAUAAUUAUGCUAUUAACACAAUGAAGAUGCUUGAGAAAAGUCCCAGGUUUGAGGAUAUUGAGGACCAGAGCAGCCCCAGGGUUGUUAUAAAGAAAGAUGGUAGUGUACGAGUAGAAUUCAACAGCAGUUCAAACAAUGCCCUUACUUUGGAUGAUUGCGCUGGACCAGUUCAGCUCCUCAAGUUUUCCCCUACAUUAGAGUCCAGUUCUAGCUUAUCUGGUGUAAGUCCCUCAUUAGACGCCCAUCUUGGAGCUGCUCAGGCUGUUUCCAGCUUCAAGAGCAGUAAAGGUAGCUCUCUGAGCUCAGAUGGCUCCUUGUACGACUUGCCUUGGGGGACCAGUGUCGAACUUAACGAUUCAGACAGUGCAUCCCCUAACAGCCAAAGACAGAUCAUUUCAUCAAACGUGGGGUUUUUGGAUGAGCCGUUGGCUGCCAAUACUACAACCAUCCUCUACAGGGAUCCCAGAAUUGCUGCCACCUUCUCUACGGUUAAGGAUUUGCAGUUUAUAAAUGACAGCCAUUUAAAGCACAGAUCCUCCUUUGUGUCUGUGAUGGAGGAACACUGUUCGGAAGGAGACUCAGAGGAAAAGCAAUAUUCCUCCUUCACCUUACCUUGUCGUAAACCUAAGCCUUUUCUAGACAAUAAUGGAAAGAAAGUGUCCAUCAGGAACAGAUUUAGGCGCAUCAGUGACUGGACUGGAAGUUUGACCAGUAAAAAGAAGUUUCAGGAUUCCAGGUAUAGCGAGUCCGUGGAUUGCUUUGAUAGUGGUGUGGAUGUCCUCACUGCAGAUACCAGCUCUCCCUCUCAGGUCUCCAGCUUUAAGACUCUCCCCAACGGCAUGUCUCAAACCCGCUCUCACUCUCUGACACUGAACACCUGCAGCGGCUCUGCUGGUGCCCUUCACUCUGGGACUGAUGUUUUGCGGCAGAACAUCUACAAGAACUUCAUGAGGGAGUUGAAGACUGGUCGGCCUCCAGAAGACUGGUGUGAGAGCUCCUCUGAGGAGAUCGAGAGCAGUAGUCAGGAAAUCCUAGGGUCUCUAGAGCAGCUGGACUUGCUGUUUGAGAAAGAACAAGGUGUAGUUAGGCGGGCCGGAUGGCUCUCCUUCAAGCCCUUGCUCACUGUACACAAGGACCACAAACUAGAGCUAGUGGGCCGUCGAAAAUGGAAGCAAUUCUGGGUCACUCUAAAGGGUUGCACAUUGCUGUUCUAUGAGACCUAUGGAAAAGCCUCUUCAGAACCAGAGUCUCCAUGCUAUGCCUUGUUAGCAGAGGACGGUGUAGUCCAGACUGUUCCUGAGCACCCCAAGAAAGAGAAUGUGUUCUGCCUCAGUAACACCUAUGGUGAUGUCUACCUUUUUCAGGCCUCCAACCAAACUGACCUGGAGAACUGGGUAACUGCCAUUCAUUCGGCUAGUGCGUCUUUGUUUGCGAAACGCUACGGGAAGGAGGACACACUGCGUUUGUUACGUGGGCAGAUCCGUGGUCUUCUCCAGAAGAUCGACAUGGAUGGCAAGAUGAGGAAAAUGGCGGAGCUGCAGUUGUCCAUCGUUGGUGACCCCAAAAAUAGAAAGGCUAUUGAAAACCAGAUCCAACAGUGGGAACAGAAUCUUGAGCGCUUCAACAUGGACCUUUUCCGCAUGCGCUGCUACCUGGCCAGUCUGCAGGGCAGCGAGUUACCCAAUCCCAAGAGCCUCCUGGCCACGGCCAGCCGCCCAACCAAAGCUGCACUGGCCCGACUGGGAAUCUUCUCCGUCUCCUCCUUCCACGCACUGAUCUGUUCCAGAGACGAGGCCACAAUGCGAAAGCGUUCUCUGUCUCUCUCCCAUCGCGGUCGCAGUAAGAAAGGGGUCUUUUCAUCCCUGAAGGGCCUGGAUACUCUUACCAAGCGAGGUCAUGAAAAGAAGCCUUCUGUCUCUCAGGAUUUCAGUGAUUUGAGCUGCUGUUCUUACAGUGGUCUUCCUCAGGUCUUUGACAGUGAUGUUGGAGGACAUCUAAACACCAUUCCUCCUUGUAGUUUUAAGCGGUUGGGUAGUUUGGCUAAUGUUUACUCAGUCAUGCCACCUGAAGGCAGCCAGUGGGAUUGCAGCCAGGAAAACACAACAUGCGUCUAUAUGCCAGAUUACCAGACGGUUACGGUUCUUCUGAAAAGUCAUCACACUGUCAUGGAUGUCUUGGCUGAGACCUGCAGGGUCAUAGGCCUGGACCCCAGCAUGCACUGUUUACGGCUGAGAAGGUGUGUGGGAGACAUAAUGGAGGUAUCAACACCAUCAGCUGUUGAGCUUCUGCAGAACUUGUCAUAUGAUGAACUGGAGGUCUGCCAACUGAGCGUCUACACUCUGCACAUGUCUAGACCCAGUCUAACUGGUGACUUUGGCUUUGCUGUUACAGGCUAUGUAGACAACCUCAAAAACAGCCGUAUCGUUGUCAGUGAAGUUCUCCCUGAUGGGCUUGCUUUCAGCGAAGGUCUGAGGCCUGGUGAUGAGAUCGUGGUUCUGAAUGGUUGUGAGGUGUCUUCUCUGGACCUGGCUCUGAUACAGACUUUAUUCAGCGAUCAGAGUCUGCAACUGACCGUGAAACGUCAUCCGCCCUCCAUUCGGCACAAUUCAGACACUGCAAACACACAGUCUCUGCGUAGGGAUCACCUCCAAAACCACCAAAGAGCCAAGUCCUCAACAGAUGUGUCCUGUGUGGCAGACGUCUUAGGCUUGGUUGUAGAUGAUGGUCUUCAGGAUUCAUACAACAACCAUCGAACAGUUCAGCACAGCAAGAGUGUGGAUACAGUGUGUUCGCUGUACAACUCCUUCCAGGAAGGCUCUGGGGGUCUGAUGGAGGGCCAGGAAGAGCAAACGGGGCCAGAGGUCCCCAUGCUCAGGCCCUGUCCGCGUCACAUGUCUGCCACAGAGAGACUGCGAAAGGUCAUCCAGGAAUUAGUGGACACAGAAAAAUCCUAUGUAAAGGACCUGAACUGCCUGUUUGAAAUUUACCUGAAGCCCCUACAAAAGGAGACCUUUCUCACCCAAGACGAGAUGGAAAGUCUUUUUGGCAGCCUUCCAGAGAUGCUGGACUUCCAGAAGGUUUUCCUGCAGACCCUGGAGGAGAAGAUCAGCUCCUCCCCCAACUUCCACACGCUCGAGACCCCUGUGCAAUUCAAGAAGCUGCUCUUCUCACUGGGUGGUUCGUUUCUGUAUUACGCAGAGCACUUCAAACUUUACAGCGGCUUUUGCGCCAACCACAUUAAAGUGCAGAAGGUUCUGGAACGAGCCAAAACAGAUCGAUGCUUUAAGGAGUUCCUCAAUGCAAAGAAUCCCACCAAGCAGCACUCGACCACACUGGAGUCCUACCUCAUCAAACCAGUGCAGAGAGUGCUGAAAUACCCCCUGCUGCUCCGCGAGCUGGUGUCUCUGACGGACACGGACAGUGAGGAACACUACCACCUCACAGAGGCACUUAAGGAAAUGGAGAAAGUGGCAAGCCACAUAAAUGAGAUGCAGAAGAUCUACGAAGACUAUGGUGCAGUAUUUGACCAGCUGGUAUCAGAGCAAAGUGGCGCUGAGAAAGAGGUCUCAGAGAUUUCCAUGGGACAGUUCCUCAUGCAUUCCUCUGUGAUUUGGCUCAACCCGUUCCCAUCACUGGGCCGUAUGAAAAAGGACCCUGAGCUGACUGUUUUUGUUUUUAAGAGAGCUGUGAUACUGCUGUACAGGGAGAACAACAAAGUGAGAAAGAAGAUGCCAACUUCAAGAUCAGCCCAUGGAGAUCAGGAUCCAUUCAAGUUUCGUUGGCUCAUCCCCCUGUCGGCACUACAGGUCAGACUGGGCAAUACUGCAGACACAGACUGCAUCUGGGAGCUGAUCCACACCAAAUCCCAGAGAGAGGGCAGGCCGGAGACGGUGUUCCAGCUGUGCAGCAGCACUCCAGAGUGCAAAGUCAUCAUCAUCAGGGUGAUGCGUUCCAUCCUGCGGGAGAACUUGCGUCGAAACAUGCAAAGAGUUGAGCAACAUUCUGAGAGAGUCUGUAAAAAGAGACUCACCCCCCUUCGGAAAACGUUGCCAGCUUCUGCUAAGCUAGGUUCUUCUCGAGGAUUUUGGCUCUCUAAACUGCCUAUAAAUGACAGUCCCAACCCCAGCAAUGAUCCAUUGAGGCCGUCUCUACCAGAUUCAGAUUCAGCCAGUGUGAGCAGUGGAAACACCAGCAGUGCCAGCGCUCCUCUGGAUCCGCAGAGCGACCUCAAGGAAUCCAGCAUCAUCAGUGAUGAGGACCACGACCAGCAGGAGUGGCUCGAUCCCAGUGCCAUCGAGGCCCAGUUCUGCAGGCUUCGGGUGACCGAGGACUCCCAGACUCCUGCGCCCCGUGUGCAGCCGGAGAGCGCAGAAGUGGACUCUCCUGAAAGACGGCCUUCUAUAAAGCGAGCUCACUUCGGCGCAGUCAAGCGUAAGUCUGGCAGAGGCACGGGUAGCCUCAGACGCAGCCAGGCGGACCUAGUGAACAUGCGUCGACACAGCCACUCGUUGGACAGCCAGACCGAGGUGAUGGCGAAUAACGUGGAUCUUAACUCACUACUGGAGAAGGAGUUCAGCGUGCAGAGCCUGACCUCUGUGGUCAACGAGGAUUUCUUCUAUGACAACACCACAGAGGCAAAGAACGCGACAGCUUCAUAGAACAAAGAUUAGCAUGUGUUCAACACCUUGAUCUAGUGUGGAGCCACAUUAUCCCAUGCCUUUCCAAAGUUAUCAGACGAUUUAGGGAAGCACCUGAAGGCCAGUCUUUUUUCUAUUGUGGAGCCACAGUUUGACAGACCUUUAUUAAAAAUGGCAUUAAGCGUCGAGUAAUUCUCCAUGAUCCAUAGCACUAAUGUACUGAACUGCCCACAUAGCAACUGUUUUGCACCAGAGAACCAAAUUACUGGUCUUGGUUAUGCUGUGUAAGAAGGGCAAAGGCAUGUGUGUUUUCCCACACACGCACACAUAUAUUAAGAGCUAUCCAACUACAGAACCGAAUUUGGUCAGGUUUUUGAUUUUGCCUUGUGUUUUGGACAAUACAUACAUUUCUUGCUUUAAAUAUAAGCAUUGCUUCUAUUAUGGAUUUGCUUUGUAUAAAAUGUUUUAUUUAUUAGCAAGUUUUUAUAAAUAUAUAUUUCAUUUUAAUAGGAAUCUAAAAGGUUGGUUUAAGAAUCUGUCAGGAGAUUGAUGGUUUAACGAUAAUUUCUCCUUUGUUAUAACAAAGUGGUCAGCUGUAAACAUUCAAUCAGGAAUUUAAAUGUGCUAUGAUGGAAAUGUACCUCGAAAAUAAAGCCUGCAGUUGUCCUUUUUCUAGAAUGUUCAAA